AUGGAGGGUUAUGCGUGGGUUGUAGCCAGCCCUUACUCUACCAUGGAUGGGUUAUGGCUGGGUGCAGCCAAACCCAACCUCUCACCAUGGAGGUUUUGGCUGGUGUUGCAGCCAACCCUUAACUCCACCCACCAUGGGAGGGUUAUGCUGGUGUGUUGUGCCCAACCCAUAAACUCUCACCAUGGAGGGUUUAUGCUGGGUGCCAGCCAACCUAACUCUCACCAUGGAGGUUAUGCUGGUGUGGCAGCCAACCCUAACUCUACACCCUGGAGGGUUAUGGCUGGUGUGUUUGCCAACCCAUAACUUCCACCAGGGGAGUUAUGCUGGAUGUGCAAGCCAACCCUAACGUCUCACCCUGGAGGGUUAUGCUGGUGUGCAGCCAACCCUAACUCUCACCCUGGCAGGGUUAUGCCUGGUGUGCAGCCAAACCUAACUUCCACUACACCCGGGAGGGUUAUGCUGGUUGUGCAGCCAACCCUACUGCUCAACCCAUGGAGGGUUAUGCUGGGUGUACAGCCAGCCUCUUACUCUCACCAUGGGAGGGUUAUGCUGGUGUGCAGUCCAACCCUAACUCUCACAUGGAGGGUUAUGCAUGGUGUGUAGCCAACCCUAACCUCUACCAUGGAGGGUUUAUGCUGGUGGUGUAGCCAAACCCUACACCUACUCACCAUGGAGGGUUAUGCUGGUGUGCAGCCAACCCUAACUCUCACCAUGGAGGGUUAUGCUUGUGUUCCUAGCUCCAGCAGUGCAGUAGUAUCUAACAAUACACACAAAUCGAAAGUAAAAUAAUGGAAUUAAGAAAUAUAUAAAUAUUAGGAUGAGCAAUGUCGGAGUGGCAUUGACUAAAAUACAGUAGAAUAGAAUGCAGUAUAUACAUAUGAAAUGAGUAAAGCAGUAUGUAAACAUUAUUAAAGUGGCAAGUGAUUUCAAGUCUAUGUAUAUGGGGCAGCAGCCUCUAAGGUGCAGGGUUACAUAACCGGGUGGACGCCUCCUAGUGAUGGCUAUUUAACAGUCUGAUGGCCUUGAAAUAGAAGCUGUUUUUCAGACUCUCGGUCCCAGCUUUGAUGCACCUUUACUGACCUCGCCUUCUGGAUGGUAGCGGGGUGAACAGGCAGUGGCUCAGGUGGUUGAUGUCCUUGAUGAUCCUUUUGGCCUUCCUGUGUCAUCGGGUGCUGUAGGUGUCAUGGAGGGCGGAUAGUUUGCCCCCGGUAAUGCGUUCAGCAGACUGCACCACCCUCUGGAGAGCCCUGCGGUUGCGGGCGGUGCAGUUGCCGUACCAGGCGGUGAUACAGCCCGACAGGAUGCUCUCAAUUGUGCAUCUGUAAAAGGUUGUGAGGUUUGUGAGGGUCUUAAGAUAUAUUAGUUUUCUUUUUCAUGAAUUUUUUACAAAUAUAAUUUUUCUUCCACUUUGAUAUUAGAGUAUUUUGUGUAAAUCGUUUAAAAAAUAAUUACAUUAAAUUAAAUCCAUUUUAAUCCCACUUCGUAACACUACAAAAUGUGGAAAAGGUCAAGGGGGUGUGAAUACUCUCUGAAGGCACUGUAGGCUACCUCUGUGGGAACAUCAUGCAGAUUAGCUGGAUGCUUACAUUCUUUUGGGGAGGUUUUGAGUUUGGAUUAUUGUUCGUGUUCAUGCAUUUUAACUCCCAACGUAUCAGUAUGUGUUUUUGUGAAUAUGUAAACCUAUAUUUUGUAGUCAUACAGUUCUAAUGUCCUGACAAUGAGGCAAUGAACUUAUGUUUAAUUAGAAUUGAGAUGGGAUACUCCUCUCUACACCUUAGUUUUUCUGGUUGAGGGGGGGAGGGGUACCUGUCAACCUGAGGGCUGGGAUCCUUAUCUACAACCUGCCUGGACCCUAUCCCAGAUCCCAACACACCCACAUAGUCUAUAACGACAACACCACUAUCCAUGGACAAUUACUGCUGAUGCUUAGGUGCAAAGAGUAUAUCCAUAUCACCUGAGAACUACACAGUGUGUACAUACAUACAUAAAUACAUACAUACACACACUACAACACACCAUGGGAUACGAGAACAUGUCAUUAAUUCCAGGACAUAUAUAGCCAGUGGGAGAAAGAAGAGACCGAGAGAGAGCGAUAGAUAAAGGGAGGGACUGGGGCACACAACCCAGGAGGCAAUGAACGUUAUGAUAUUAAUGUUUAGCAUCCGUGUGCUGGUGGUUAACCAUUUUAGAGAGCCCUGUCCCUGGUUCUCUCUCUUCUUAGACCUUUGGUCUAGUCUAGAGCCCUUUCCCUGCCCUGAGCCAUGCUCAGGUGAAAGUCCAGGUAUGUCUCACAGCAGCACAGUUGCCUUGAGUAAGCCUCUGAGGAAUUCCGAAAGCCCUGCCAUGAAAGAGAGACCGGAGAGGGAGGGAGGGGCUCUAAGCUAAAGGAACCCUAGGCCUCAGGCUUAGAGCAACACCUUCGCGUUUCCAUAACUACAGUAUAGUCUGCAGUAGACUGUCAGUAAUGAUUUAUAGUUCCACCAUAAUUAUCAGGAAGCAUUUACGGUAUGGGAGUAUGAGAGUAGAUCCCAACUGUAUCAUGUGAUAUUGAUAUGUUUCUGAUGCAUUGUUCUCUCCACCCCCCCAGAGGAAGCAGACUACUCUUCAUUUGGUAUGGACUCUCUGACCCGUCCUAAGAAGACGGUCCUAGCGGCCAUGUUGCUACGGCCUGAUGCCAACCGGAAGAAGCCCCCUGUGAUCAUCAGCCUGCCCAGGGACUUCAGGCCCGUCUCCUCCAUCAUCGAUGUGGAUAUCCUCCCUGAGACACACCGCCGGGUUCGCCUCUACAAGCACGGCCAGGAGAAACCGCUGGGCUUCUACAUCCGCGACGGCUCCAGCGUCCGGGUCACGCCCCAGGGCCUGGAGAAGGUGCCUGGGAUCUUCAUCUCCCGCAUGGUGCCUGGGGGCCUGGCUGAGAGCACGGGCCUGCUGGCCGUCAACGACGAGGUUCUGGAGGUCAACGGCAUCGAGGUGCAAGGCAAGUCUCUGGACCAGGUGACAGACAUGAUGAUCGCCAACAGCCACAACCUCAUCGUGACGGUGAAGCCGGCCAACCAGCGCAACAACAUCGUACGGAGUGGCGGGGGCGGGGCAGUGUCCGGGAGCUCGGGGCACUCGUCCGACAGCGGCGGCAGUUUCUACGGCUACUCCUCCCCGGGCGCUGCCAUGGCGACGACUCCGGCACACAUAAUCCAGAACUUCCACCCAGAGGAGCUGGAGAGUGAUGAGGAUGAUGAGGACCUGGUGAUAGAGGUGGACGGAGAGGCCGUGCCCUCCCUGCCCCGCUACGUUCCCCAUCUGGACCUCCGUACCACCAACGGAGCCCUGGCCUCCAGCAACAGCGCCAACUCACUGAGCACCGCCAACAGGGGCCUGGAGGGAAGGAGCUUAGAGGAGGACGGCACAGUCAUCACACUGUAG